UUCCUACCAAAUAUAUGUAUUGACUGCCGCCAUGGAUGUGCGUCACGGCCUGCGUAAGCAGUUGUUUCUCGAAACUCGUCUUGACUCUGUUACUUCAAAUAACGAACUCUUUGUCACAAAUUCAAAUCUCCACGCUGCUUAUUAAUUUAAUCGAUUAAUCACCGUUACUCUUCCACAAUUUCAAUUUCAGCGCGUUUUGUUAUUGCGUAGCGUGGUACACAAUCUACCAUAUUCAUAUAUUGAACCAUAGAAUCGAAUCUACGGUAACACCGGUGAUUCAUAUUCAUCCAAAAUGGCGGAAGAAAUUAGGCAAAACGACGUCGCUUCAUCUUCCAAAUCUAGAAGCUUCUGGUCUUCACUCCGUUGGAUUCCCACUUCUACCGAUCAUAUCAUCGCCGCCGAGAAACGCCUUCUCUCCAUUAUCAGAACUGGGUAUGUUCAAGAGCGUGUUAAUAUAGGCUCUGGUCCUCCUGGGUCCAAAGUAAGAUGGUUCCGUUCAUCGAGCGAUGAGCCACGGUUUAUCAACACGGUUACUUUUGACAGCAAACCUGAUUCUCCUACGCUUGUUAUGGUUCAUGGAUAUGCUGCUUCCCAGGGUUUCUUCUUUCGGAAUUUUGAUGCUCUCGCUUCUCGUUUCAGAAUCAUUGCUGUUGAUCAACUUGGUUGGGGCGGAUCAAGUAGGCCUGACUUUACAUGCAAAAGUACUGAAGAAACUGAGGCGUGGUUCAUUGAUUCUUUUGAGGAAUGGAGAAAAGCCAAAAAUCUGAGCAAUUUCAUAUUACUUGGACAUUCUUUUGGUGGUUAUGUUGCUGCCAAAUAUGCACUCAAGCACCCUGAGCAUGUACAACACUUAAUUUUGGUGGGACCAGCUGGGUUUACAUCAGAAUCAGAUGCAAAGACUGAUUUUAUUGCAAAGUUCCGAGCGACAUGGAAGGGAGCAGUUCUGAAUCAUCUAUGGGAAUCUAAUUUUACACCUCAAAAAAUUGUCAGAGGUUUAGGUCCUUGGGGUCCAAACAUGGUGCGCAAAUAUACAAGUGCUAGGUUUGGUACACAUUCAACCGGGCAAAAACUGUUUGAAGAAGAAUCAAGUUUGCUAACAGAUUAUGUUUAUCAUACAUUGGCGGCAAAAGCUAGUGGUGAGCUAUGCUUAAAAUAUAUUUUUGCAUUUGGAGCAUUUGCUAGGAUGCCCCUUCUUCACAGUGCUCCAGAGUGGAAGGUGCCUACCACAUUCAUAUAUGGUUAUGAAGAUUGGAUGGAUUAUGAAGGUGCCCAAAAAGCACGUGCACAAAUGAAAGUUCCAUGUGAAAUUAUCAGGGUCCCUCAGGCUGGACAUUUUGUGUUCAUCGACAACCCAAGUGGCUUCCAUUCAGCUGUGUUUCAUGCUUGUCGAAGGUUUCUUACACCUGAUCCGGACAAUGAAUCUCUUCCUGAAGGGCUAUCCUCUGCAUAAGAUAUAAUUUGUAUCAACCACGUGUAUAUUAUUUUUUAUUUUUUUUACAAUGAAAUUACAUAAUGGAGUGAAGCCAUGUCUUGCUCCUCAGUGAGGUGGAAUAUACUGAAAAUAUCUGGAAUUGUAAUUUCAAUAAAAUGAUUUCUAGGAAAACUUUCAAAAGAAA